UUUUUCCCAGUAAUUUUUGAAAGUUGAAUUUUGUGUUCAAGGAGGUGCUGAAUUCUAGCGGAAAUUUUCAGCAUAAGAAAACAGCAAAGAGAAACAUAACCUAAAGAUAAUAAAAAGAUAACCUCCAAAUUUGGGAAUAUAGUAAACCGUAUUUUAUUUUGUAAUUACAACACAGUAAUUAAUUAACAGAUUAGAAAAAUAAGACACAUUUUAUUCGGAUUGACGGUUGAAAAUAUAUGUAUAGUUUUUAUUUUCAAGAAAAUUGAUAAUAGGUUCAACUUAAAAAUUUGUCAAUUAUACAUAGAAUGUAUUAAAUUUUACUCAUUACUUAGUGUAACAGUAUGAGUAAUCACUUGAAUGAGCUUGUUUUUAUGCUUGAUUCGUUUUUCAAAGGGUUGUCAGACGUUGGGUUGAUUCUAAGUUAUAACGUUCAAAUACAGAAAAUCUCUCUUGAAGAUGCUACAGUUUCAACCAGAAUAAAUAAUACAAUAUUACAGCUAAUCAAAAGGUUAAAGAAAAUGUAUUCGACUUUGUCUUGCUCCAAAGAUAAUAACGAUCUUGGAGAGGGGAGAAACUCGAAUAUCGAUGCCAGUAUUCUAGAGAGGAUAUUAAAGCAGGAAAACGCUUCAAAGUUGUCGACCAAUAGGAAUUGUGAACAAGGAAAAGCUGGAGAGAUUGUUGUAGCUUACCCUCCUUUUCCGUUGGCCGCUGCACGCAACAAAAGAUUCUUGUCUGAUGAACCCAUAGUUCAUAAUGCAGAAAUUAACAAAACCGAUAAAAACUGUACCGACAACCGUUUAGUAAAUGCAAAUUCCCAUCUGGAAAGGAAUGUGUCUGCCAUAGAGAAACAGCCAUCCUCAACAAACGCAGACCUCCCUGAUAAACUACUGAAACUUCUAGAUCUCGGAAAAACAGAGGAGAGAAAUGACACCUCAAAGUCCAUCGAAGUCUACAAUGUUGACUCAAUUGUCAUCUCUGAAGAAUCCCUGUGCAAUUGGAAUGCUCUCUAUAUAGCCAACAACACAGAUAAAGAUUCGGCAGAGAACAUUAAAGGAAACCAACUACAAGUUUCGACGACUAAUACCGACGUUACCACUAAAACAACCGACAAUUUGAUCGAUUUAAUAGAACGGGAUGACUAUAGGUGUGAUUUUUUGAGACAAAAUGUGGCAACAACCGUUUUGAUAGUGGAGUCAUUAGGUGAUAAGGAGCAAGAUAAGGAACGUUUAUCAGAUGAAAUAGUAGAGAUUCCUAAAAUCACACGUUCAGAGUGCAAUUUUGCUGUAAAAUUGGAAAACGAACAGUUUUUUUGUGCCAAGUGCAAGAUGAAAUUUGAAUCCAUUGAGCAGAUAGAGGAGCAUCGAAAAGCCCUGCAUCAAGGUUAUGGAAGCUUUGAGUGUUUGUUGUGCAACCAUCGGUUCCCCACUAGUGUAAAACUCGACAAACAUAUUAAAAAACACGACAAUCCGUUCAAAUGUACUGAAUGCGGCAAAAUGUAUACGACAAAAUUGGGUUUGACACGGCAUCUGGAUAUCCACGAAAAGAAGUUUGCUUGUGAUAUAUGUGGCAAAAGCUAUUCGAGGGCCGAUUACCUACCAAUCCAUAAGGCCGCGCAUGCUAAAAAGGUGUUCUUCUCUUGUAAAUCUUGUCCAAAGAAAUUUCUAUACAAGAGUCAAUUGAAAUCACAUGAAAAGAUGCACACAGGAGUUAAAGAUUUCAUUUGUGAGAUUUGCGAUAAAGGCUUCUCACGAAACGAUAAGCUGAAAGAGCAUAUGUUGCGGCACUACAAUAUCAGGCGAUAUGAUUGCAACGCUUGUCCCAAAACAUUCGCUGAGAAGAGGGAUCUCACUACGCAUAUCAAAGCGCAUCACAAUAGGACAAACAUUAGCAAAUGAAUUUCAUCAAUAGUCUGUUGAAAGUUUUAUUUAAUACUUAUUCAAUUAUAAAGUUUUAUUGACCGAACGAAGUGAGGUCUAAGAUUCAAGUCGACGGUUUGGCAUUUCUCUUAAUGUUUAAAUGUUUAUAUAUUUAUAUGUUGCGCAUUUACGGCGAAACGCGGUAAUAGAUUUUCAUAACAUUUGACAGGUAUGUUCCUUUUUAAAUUGCGCGUCGACGUAUAUACAAGGUUUUUGGAAAUUUUGCAUUUCAAGGAUAAUAUAAAAGGAAAAAGGAGCCUCCUUCAUACGCCAAUAUUAGAGUAAAAAUCAGACUAUAGAAUAAAUUAUUCAUCAUAAAUCAGCUGACAAGUGAUUACACAGAUGUGUGGAGAAGCCAGUCUAUUACUGUAUUUGUAUAAGAUCUAUAGUUUUAAUCAAAGACCUUGAAGAGGUAUGGAUCUUUAAGAUGGGUUUACACCAAAGUUAUUAACAAAAUGUUAAUAACUUAAUCCUUAUAGAUUCUAUUAGAUUGAACGCAAGUUGACAAACACACAUGUUCAUCAUGUGUAUGAUAAGUUAUGUUCAAUCUAAUAUAAUCUAUAAGGAUUGAGUUAUUAACAUUUUGUUAAUAAAUUUGGUCUAAUCGCAGCUUUAAAGUAUUUGGUUUCAAUAUUUUGUUUUGCAGUCAUGGUAUUAUUAUGCGUGUCCAUCAGUAUCAAUAUUCUCACAUUCGAAAAAACUAAUUUAAUAGGUGAUUAAAAAUAAUCAAAUAAACUAAAUAAUGCUGAAGAAAUUAUUAUAUUUUUGAUUGAAAAAAAUUAAUUUUUAUUAGAUGGAAAGAUUAUCACGGAACUGGAUGAAUAUUAUAUAAAUUCUGGAAUAGAAAUAUAUUCUAUUCAUUGUUUAAAUUAACAUAAAUAUUAAUAAAUUAUGGAAUACAAAUUCAAACGUGAACUGAUUUUGUUAACAUUUAAAACAGUUGACAUCAGGUACUUGUAGAUGAGAAUACUGCUUGAGGUCUACUGUUCACAGAACUACUAGUUUAAUUCGCAGAGAAAAGGGAUUUCAGAACGUAUUUCAAAGCGCGCCACAUUAGGACAAACAUCAGCAAAUGAAUUUUAUCAAUAUGCCAUACAUUUAUGUGAGAUGUUAAUAAUUAUUUAUGUGCAUUAGACCACACAUUUUUGAGCAUUUAUUCUUGCUUAUCGUUGACAAUUACUUCAGUUAUUAUUUGUAUUUUAUAUAAUUUUAUUGAUUGUAUAUUUCUUUCAUUUUUCAUCUUGUUUUAUUUCAAAUUGUAUAAUAUCAUAGCCACCUCUAAUACAAGGCCCCGGCCUACGAUAUUGCAAUGUCACAGUGUAGGCUUGGAAUCUAAUACAUGAUUGGUGAAAAAGAUUUUUAAAAAUACCAGCUAAUCUUUUUCACCAAUCAUGUAAUAAGGUGCGUACAGACUUUCGCUCUGCUCCGCAACCGAACGUCACUCCAGCAGAGCGAUUGAUGAUCGACCGGCGAGCAACAGUGGUUCGACCGGGGAACGCGAGAAGAUCUAACAUCUUCCAUAACGUUCAUGAUGGGUGCGUGGGCGGUGCGAAUGUGGUACGAUGGUGGUAUGAGGGCGGUGCGAGGGAGGAGCGUGCUCGGUGCUGGUUGGAAGCGCGAAUAUGUGUUCGCAGCUUUAGAUUCUAAGCCUACGCUGUGACGUUGCAAUAUCGUAGGCCGGGGCCUUGUAUUAGAGGUGGCUAUGAUAAUAUGCAUCAAGUACAGUAUUGUGUGAAGGAGACAAAAUUGGGUUUACACCAGUUGUCUCCAAUAAUAAAAAUCAUUAUUUUUAAAGACAUGUUUUAUAUUAAAAAAUGCAAUUGUCAUAAAAUGAAUCUCUAGUGAUGUGAGACUCACUUCAAAUGUCAGUAUUGUAUGAAUAGAAAGCAUUCAUGUUAUUUAUAAGGAAUGCUGACUGUUUAAAGUGAAUCUCACCAUAGACCCUCAACUUUUCACAAUGAUUAUUCAUUUUAUUGAGUCAUGUUAAAUUAUUAUUACAUUUAUAUGACGAGUUACUACAGGCCUUGUGAGAAAGUUAUUAUUAUAACUUACCAUUAUUCAUAAAAACAACAUACUCAUUAAUAAACCUGUGACUUACAACUGCUUUGCUUAUUUUUAUUGAAUUCAAUUCAAGUGUUACCUCAAUAAGAGGGUUGUUGUAAAGUUGAAUA